AUCCAAUGUACAGAUACAUGAAAAAUGCAUAUAGGCCGAAACCGCUAAAUCAUAAAAUAAUACGAGGAACGAUAUUUUCCAAAUAAGUGUCGAUAGAGACUAAAACAUUAUCGUUUAGAAAAUUAAUAAUAAUUAGCCCUUGCAUUGUGACAUGUAUAUAUCCAAAAAUCAUCCUUACCCAAAAUACAUGUAUGUAGAUCUUGCGAGUUUCAAGGUUUGAGAAUGGAGGUAUUUGUACUUGAAGACGGUGUUGAUGACCCUCAUUUCAGACUCUUCGACCUAACGUACACUACCCAUCAGAGUCAACUUCGUUUAAGAGACAAUCUCCUUCAAAAGUGGCGGUCAAUAGAACUAGAGGGUGACCUCAAUCUCAAUAUUCAAGCAGACGAUUUCGAAAACGAGGCCAAUAGCUCGUUGCCAAAUAUACAUGGAGAAGACGAACAGAGUAUGCAUACUGAUGAAGAUGAAUAUGAUGAAUGUGAUCAUAACAAUGAAAAAUCAUCUGAAAAUGUUCACCAGAUAGAUAGACCAAAAUCAGCUACAAAUGAAUGUAUAUCAGGUGCUGGGAUUAGGUCUACCUCUUUCCUAUCCAUGGCCAAGUCUUUGCCUGCUAGCCCGAAUGGUAAAAUACAAGCUGAGACCAGAAUUAAGGAUACAACUGUUCUAGCUGAGCAACCAUUGCGUCUUCCACACAUUGGUAACGCACUGGGUUCACCCUGGACUCAGUCCUCUCGUGACAAUGAUGAACAUUCAAGGUAUUCUGCCUCUAAAUUGAGAUAUACAGAAGACUAUGCGCUUGUUGUUGAACCUUUGGAUAACAGACAAGUGAACCAACCGAUAGAUGUCAUAGAUGUUGACUAUGAGCCAAUAAAACACGAUGAUUCGCUGAAAGAAAAAGGGCCUGAUGUCGAAUGGAGCUGGGAUCUUCAUUCUCUUUUGAACAGAUCACCAGAGAAAAGUUUUUUCAAGAAACAUUACUCAAAGGUUUUACGAAAAGCAAACAAAUCAAACGCACAAGCUCUCCACCAUAAAAUUGAGCAACGAAAUACAAUAAAGUCUAACAAAGCCGAUGUUGAAACAUUUGACAUGGGCGGUAAUUAUACCGCCACAAAUGACAGUAAAACCAUGCAUAAUAAUAACACAAGACCAUUGACGUUGGCUACUACGAGUGGUACGAGACCUCGUGAACUCAACACUCGUUCCGCAAGAACAUACAUAUCAAGCGGAAGAGGUCGGAGAAACGCAGCUGAUUUCCAUCAAGUCGGAAUUAUUGGGCCCAGGUUGAGGAAGCCAGCGUCAGACGAAACAAGACGCGGGAAAAAUGCUAGCUCUGCUACAUCAGAUGGUAUUGAAGCAGACGAACAUUUUGACAUAAACGAAGGGAUCACGAAGUUUGAGCCGCUGCAGAGAUUCCGGAAAGCUGUGAGAACGCUGCAGAUUGUCCUGCGGGCCAUUGCAUCAACCAGGAAGGAUCAGCAACGACAUGAAGCCAAAUUGCUUUCGUUCGCCCAGAUUCAACAAGAGAAUGGAGUGACGACAUUUGACAGCUAUGGUCUUUCAUUUGAUCCAAGAACCUACAAGGCGAAUAAAGAGGUACUGUUGAGCUAUGAGGCCAGGCACAUUCUACGCACUGAUCCUUUGGAACGUACCCCAGAACAGAACCACAUUGCUCUAGUCUCCCUCAACCAAACGGUAGAAGCCUUCAGUGAAUUCCCUAUCAAAAUGCAAGAAUCCUUGGUGAAGGCGGGCUGGCUUGAGAGGUUUGGGUCAAAAAGGAUCAUCAUCAGGCAGGGCCAUCUGGCGGAUAACUUUUAUUUUAUCCUUAGCGGAACUGCAGUCGUCACCAUACUUGACAAGGAUCCUAAAACGGAAAACAGCUUUUCGAAAACAGUCGCAUUCUUAAAGAAAGGUCACAGUUUUGGGGAGCUAGCUCUUAUGCAAGAUGGCGGACGACGUAGCGCUACUGUCACGUGUCAAGAUGACGUAGAAUUAUUGGCGCUGCAACGAGAAGACUUCAAAGACAUAUUCAUGCACGUCGAGGAGAAUCAAGAACCAGAACACAUUCAAUUUUUACGUAAAGUUGACAUUUUGAACGGUUGGCCCAUUGAGAGCUUGCCCUAUGAUGAUACCAAAGUCUGCAUUUUUACUUAUUUCAGGCGUGGAAUCGUCAUGUGUAAAGAUGGAUCAAACUCCGACUGGAUUUACAUUCUUAAGACUGGCAACUGCCGGGUACUGAAAGGUCUUACUCUAACCAAACCCAACUUUCCUGGCCUCAUAAGUGAUGACGAAAUAAACGCAAACAAUAACGAUGAAACCGCAAACAGUAAAAACAAACAGUCGCUUUUUAUCACAAGGAGUCAAACAAAAUCAUCCAUCAAAAGCAAUCGAGAUACAAGUGAAAAUAAAAAGACUGUACCUAAUGUUAAAAUCAAAGGGCCAAAUGGUUCAUACGAAGACUUGCCAAAUAAGUUAAAACAGAGGAACAGGACUUAUACAUUUCCGAGUGCAACUAAGGAAAGGUCCCGUCGUACGCCCAAACUGCCUCCAUUGGUGCGACAUGGAGUGGUUAAGUCUCAGCUUACAAAAGAGGAUGAACGUCAAGCGAUAAAUGAACGUUUGGAGGAAGAAGAACGACAUAAAGCAUUAUUAGAAAGAGUAUUCCAAACUCAACAUCCCGCUGGACAGGAUGAAAGAGUAGGCAGUGCAUACACACGCACAUCGACUCCACAGAUGCAAUCCAACUCUACUCAACAGACGCCCAACAAAGUCUAUGUAGAAUUAGAGAGACUAUUGCCAAAGAACACAUUUGGUCUGGCUCAGUUCGCGUUUGGUGAUAUGUUGAACAUGACGAGCGUAACGCUGGUGUCGGAUGGUGCAGAAUGUAUUUUGGUGCACAAGAACUUCUUCCUAAAACAAGCCUCUGAAGACUAUAUCAAGAAACUCCGGAGAGCGGUGCAGCCGUAUCCAACGGACGAUGCUCUUCAACAAAAGCUGCAAGAUCAAACUAACUGGGACGCUUAUAAAUCACUCACUGUGAACAAUAUUGUAGCCCAUCAUAAAUACAUGGACAUGUUUAGUGUAACCUAGCACAAUACAUUCAUAGUAUUUCAAAAUAGGGGCCAUCCUCUAUAUUGCACUAUGUAACAAUAAAACAUUUCUAAAGUGAACAUUUUUUGUUGACAGUUGUAUCGGGUGGAUAUAAUUCCGAUUUUCAUUUUGAAUUCAACUCCUCUAUCAACUUCCCGAACUCUGGA